UUUGACAUGACAGAUAUUGACUGUAGAUGUCGCUUUAUUGUAAUUAUCUAGGUGUUUAGGGCCGAGUUUUGGUUUUAGGUUUUUCGAAGUAAAUUUGUAAUUAAAAAUCCGCAAAAAUGGCUAAAAUGGCAUUUCAGCACCAGGCCGGAACGGCAAUGGAGUGUUUGAGCAUUCCUAUUACCUUACAUAAAGAAAUAGAUGGGGAUACUAUGAGGUGCGGGUUUAAAAUAGGAGGAGGAAUAGACCAAGAUUACCACAAAAGUCCUCAGGGAUACACAGAUAAUGGCAUUUAUGUGACAGAGGUUCAUGAGUCCAGUCCGGCGUCUAGAAGCGGUUUAAGGGUGCACGACAAGAUUUUACAAUGCAAUGGGUAUGAUUUUACAAUGGUGACGCAUAAAAAAGCUGUAAGUUAUAUAAAGAAACACCCCGUAUUAAAUCUGCUUGUUGCAAGGAAAGGUGUUACCUCCACUUAAAGUGUGUUUAUGCAUUUUAAAUAGCUUGAUAUCAUUCCACCAGUUACCAUC